UUGAAUCAACCAUGUGACGUCAUCGACACGCGCCUCGGCUGGCCUUCGAGAUGGGCUCGACUUGUGAGCCUUGAUUUUUGUCAGACAUCUCAUCUUAUCAACUUAUUUUCCUCACACCGACGUCUGUUCGCGAUGACAAUUGGGGGCUGUGCCUCCACCCCUACCGGCUGGGCCUUUGCCUCUGCCGGCUGGGCCUCCGCCUCUGCUGACUGGGCUAACACUACUGCUUGCUGGGCCACCGCCUCUGCUAGCUGGGCUAACAUCUCGUCUGGUUGGGCUUCUACCUCUGCCAGCUGGGCUUACAUCACUCCUAGAUGGACACCCACGUCUGCUGCCUGGACCUCCAUCUUUGCUGCCUGGGCCUUCACCUAAGCUAGCUGGACUCCCACCUCUGCUGCCUGCACCUCCACCUCUGUUGCCUGGCCCUCCACCUAUGCUGUCUGGAUUUCCAGCUCUGUUGCCAAGUCCCCCACCUCUGUCGCCUAGACCCCCACCUCUGUUGCCUGGGCAUUCACCUCUGCAGCCUGGGCCUCUAUCUCUGCUGCCUCGGUACCCACCUAAACUAGCUGAACCUCCACCCCUGCUGCCUGAGUCUCCACUUCAGCCAGCCAGGACUCUGACUCCCUCAGACUCCAUCAUAGUGACAACUCAGCAGUAGGUGCUACACCCAGACAACAGCAGUAUAGCAGUGGGAGCGCCAUCAGCGGAAGUCAGCCCGGGGAUUUCAGAGCUGGUUUCUGUGAGGCCCCACUGGCUUGCAAGUUUUAGCUCCUGUGCCAUACAGUGAAGAUAGUUUCUUGGCCAGAGUGUUGCAAUGAAACCAGCUCAGGAGCGCAACCAGGAGUGCCUGCCUCCUAAGAAGAGGGACCUCCCUGUUAGUAACUGUGGUGGAUCUGCAGGGACUGCGGGAGUGGGAUUGGCAUUGGGCGGAGUAGGUGGUGGUGGUGGUGGUGUCAGUAGUGGUGUCGGCGAGGAUGAAAUGGGUUCCAUCCAGAACUCUGCAGCCAUCAGUGAUUCUCAGACUUGCCCUCCUUCUGGAGAGUGGCUGCGAGCUCAGCCAGGACCUCACUUUGGAAUGGACACUUCUGAGAGCAUACCAGCAGUGCCAGUAGACCAGUACAGUAUGCUUUAUAAAGUGGCUGUACCAUCUGUUACAUACUCGCCCACCAGUCCUCACCCAGUCUUAAGCCACAUCUCCCCAGCCUACACUGUACACUCUCCACUCUUGCAGCAUCCAGGCCUUCCUUAUCCUCCUUUGGGUUACGCCCAGCUCCCUCAUUCCUCCCUGCAGUUUGUCAGCUCCCCAUAUGGAGCAUUACCCUACGCUUUAACCCCCGGCUUUGUCCCUGGUUCAUUAAUCUCCCCCUCAGGCGGCAUCCCUCAGGCCCACCUGGUUCCCUACCAGUCUGUCAUACAAGAAGGUGUGGUCUCCCCUCCUCCGCAGGCUCAGGUAGCUGCUCAUACUUUUCCCAAAGUGUCAGCUCCCGGCGGUGUCCCGCUGAUGUUGCCUUCAGAGCAGACCACCCAGCAGCACCUUGGUGCUGUCGGAGUCCUGUCCGCGUCCGAGCUUAGCUUACGGGGGAUGCCGGUCUUCUAUCACCCUCAGGGUGCUGCAAGAGCUGCCACCACCACCACCACCCCCUGCAGGGACCCCCACAGUGGGGUGCAGGAAAAGGAGCCAGAGAUGAAUGGCAGGGAUAAAGAUCAAGCAGCCCGAGAGGUCGCACCGGACUACCAUGGAAGGAAUGCACGUUUGCAACAGGGAGCGGCCAUCUCUGCGGCGCACGAGUCCAACCAGCUACGCAGGCUGAGCUCACCGGGCCAGCGUAGCACUCCAGACAGUGACUUGGAGGUGCAGCAGAUGGUUGGCAGUUGGAUCUCCAGCCAAAAUUCUGCCGCAGGGCGCAAGGAGGUCUCUUUCGCUCCUUUGAAUCUUUCUCAGAGUGUCCAGAGAGCCAGAGACGUCCAUGUAGAGAACACUUCUGGCCGUGCUGCAUACGUUGCCCAGCCUGUGAGCUACAGCGACCCCAGAGUGACAAACCUCCAGCAGCACCAACAAGCAGGGCAGCCUGCUCAUGCUGUCAUGCUAGCCAAUGGGCAGCCGGUGUUAAUCCCUGUGGAGUAUCACCCACAGCAGCACUAUUCAGCACAGGAUCAUGAUGGCUCUCCUAAACCCAGCUUUAAAGUGUCAGGUCCUUCAUCCAGAGCGUGCCUCCCUGAGAGGGAUGUGAGCAAGCCAACGGCCGCUCAGCCACCUCAGCCUGCUGUCCAGCUUCCUUCCGAGGUGACCCAGGCCUUAUCUUCCGGCACCGUCCUCGCGCCGGCUCCCAACAGCCCGUCGCACUUCAUGAAGGGAGCCAUUAUUCAGUUGGCCACCGGGGAGCUGAAGCGUGUGGAAGACCUGCAGACUCAAGACUUUGUGCGGAGCGCCGAGCUGAGCGGGGGCCUCAAGAUUGACUACAGCAUGGUUGUGGACAUCCACGCUAGCCAGCAGAGACCUGGCCUUGUGACGCUGCACUUUACCGUGGGCGAGCAGAAGAGCAAAGUGACCAUCGACGUUCCCCCGGAGCACCCCUUUUUUGUUUUCGGUCAAGGCUGGUCGUCCCACAGCCCGGAGCGCACCACUCAGCUCUACGGUUUGGCCUGCCAUCAGAUGCAAGUAGGAGACAUGUGCGUGUCCAUCACUCUACAGCAGCCUCCACAGCAGCAGAAAGCAGCGCAACACAAUCACCCCCAGCAGCAGAACCUGUCCAGGACAUUGAGCAAAACUUCCACCACGUCAGAACCUACUCACCAGCUCAUGGGGCCACCUGCCCCGCAGCAGUCCCGCCCUCAGACUCAUUUCAGGAUAGAGCGCACGCACAGAGACAGGCCCAGGGAGGCAGACAGAGACAACAAGGAAGAAGCCACGCACCCUGAACCCCCCGUUAGACCGAGUCGGACCUCAGGUGAGCACGCUAAGAGUCAGAGCGGCUACCAGUUGCACACAGAUGCCUCCGCCUUCACGGAUGCGGCCAUGGGGGCCAUGCACAGGCGCUGGUCCUCUCCUGGCCUCCAAAGAUACAACAUGAAGGGAGACACAGGUCCUCAAAUCAGCACAUCUGGACACAUCCGACCCUCGUUCAUCCCCCAGGAGGUCAAACUCUCCAUUGAGGGACGCUCAAAUGCAGGGAAGUAGCAUCAUCAUUAUCUUUUUUUAUGAGCAACUAGUUGGUGUUAUUAUCAUGACAAGGGCAGGAAAAACAGAAUGUAGGCUGAGAAGAUUUUUGCACAUCCAACUAGAAAAAAAAUCUUCUGUGUCGCUGCGUGCAAAGGAGAACUUUGGAGUUUCCCAGUAGGUUUGUCUAGUCUGUCACCACUUCCUCAUUUGGAACAUUCUCGCUUGCUAAUUGGACGAGCCUGCGAUGACUCUGGAUCGUGGUCAGAUCUCAAAAACCUAACCAUUCCUGAGAUUGUGUUUCUUCUUUUUUAGGCAUUGAACUUAAACAAGGACGUUUGUUGUUGUUCUUUGACAUUAGCUGUCAGCGCACCUUACAGGAGGACAACAAAGUGUCACACUUGUCUUACAAUCCAGUUAGUGAUCAAACAAUCAGUGUCUUUACUUACACACACACACUUUUGCCCACUAACACUUUUGUGUGUUAUUACAACAUGAGUACAACAGACUGGAAUAAAGACGAGUCUCUAGAGCAGGGGUCAAAGGACUACUUUUCUUCAUAUUGGAUCACUUUGUCAUUGUCUGGUUGCUGUUAUGUUUUCUUUUCACACAAGUUAAGCUAACUUAAGUUGACAACCCAAAAUGCGAUGUAGAGUAGAAGACAACUGUUGUUUUGGUAGACCCCUGCUCUAGACAGGUGUUCUAUUCCAGUAUGAUUAGUGAACAGCCUUGUGCUCCCUUAGUGUACCUCAGAGAGCUGUUUUUACACGGCUCGUCUCUUGAAUGCAUUGAUUAGCUUAGGAUGCAAUAGUGAGCAAUAUUGUCCCCUUGUCCCCCACCAGCAGCAGCAGUGUGUCUGUUACGUUUUCAGGUGAUGCACUAGCUCCAUCUGCUUACACUGAGACCUUUCUUCUCGUCCUUUGUUAUACUCUCGUCCGUCGUACCUUCCACCUUUUUGUACCAGCACAUUGCUCAAUUAAUUGUUUUGGUUCAUUCCUAGGUUAAUUGUUCGGUUCAUUGGUUUGGUUCAUUCCUAGGUUUAUUGCUUUGGUUCAUUCCUAGGUUCUUUGCUUUGGUUCAUUCCUAGGUUCAUUGCUUUGGUUCAUUCCUAGGUUCAUUUCUUUGGUUCAUUGCUUUGGUUCAUUCCUAGGUUAAUUCUUCGGUUCAUUGCUUUGGUUCAUUCCUAGGUUCAUUGCUUUGGUUCAUUCCUAGGUUAAUUCCUCGGUUCAUUGCUUUGGUUCAUUCCUAGGUUCAUUGCUAUGGUUCAUUCUUAGAUUCAUUGCUUUGGUUCAUUCCUAGGUUAAUUCUUCGGUUCAUUGCUUUGGUUCAUUCCUAGGUUCAUUGCUUUAGUUCAUUCCUAGGUUCAUUGCUUUGGUUCAUUCCUAGGUUAAUUCCUCAGUUCAUUGCUUUGGUUCAUUCCUAGAUUCAUUACUUAGGUUAAUUCCUCGGUUAAUUCCUCGGUUCAUUGCUUUGGUUCAUUCCUAGGUUCAUUGCUUUGGUUCAUUCCUAGGUUCAUUGCUUUGGUUCAUUCCUAGGUUCAUUGCUUUGGUUCAUUCCUAGGUUAAUUCCUCGGUUCAUUGGUUUGGUUCAUUCCUACUAGGUUAAUUCCUCGGUUCAUUGUUUUGUUUCAUUCCUAGGUCAAUUCCUCGGUUCAUUGCUUUGGUUCAUUCCUAGGUUCAUUGCUUUGGUUCAUUCCUAGGUUCAUUCCCCGGUUCAUUGGUUUGGUUCAUUCCUAUGGGUCAUUGCUUAAAAGGGACUACAUUUAGAUUUAUGUUUACUAAUCAGCCAAGAUGAAUGCUGCACUUUCCUCACUCCUAACAAUAAGUGCAAUUAGGUCGCACACAGAAUCAUUCGGAGGUUUGUAAUCAGGCGACGCACACAUUUCCUACUGAAAAAAAAAACACCUGACGGUUGUUUUUGUGCUUUUUAACGUAGUCUCUCCUGGCUGUUUCGCUGUUAGUUUGGAUCGAAACCUAACAUCUCCAUUGCCGAACCCCUAUUUGUUUCGCUUAGCUAAGGGGUUUUAAUAGUGUUGUCCUUCUAUGCAGUAAACGCUUAGCUCAUUGGCGUCAUUUGGACAUUUAAAGUGUCACCUGUGACGUUACCUCUUGCCCAGCAGGGGGCUCCUGAGUUGAAGCGGCUGUCACUGUGGGUACUUGCACUAAAUGUCUCCUCUUGGUCGGCAGUGUUGUUGCUUUAACCUAAAGAGUCACAACAGCAGGAAUUCCCAGGUUGUGUGUGUGUGAUUAUGUAGUUGUUUGUUGCCUUAACUUCUGCUUUGUGUGCGCGUGUGUGUGUGUGUGUGUGAGAGAGAGAGAGAUAGAUAGAAUCAACAUAAUUGAGGCUGACAUUGCUUGGAAGCAGAAAUGAGCACAUUGAAUAGACUGUAAAGUAUUUGUGACACCUUGCUCUGUUCUCUCAAAGCUGAAAUAGUCAAUAACAUAUUGGUAAAGUGAAGAAGAUAUGAAUUGAUGAGUGGGGGGGUGUCCCAAUACAUUGGUCCAUAGAGUGUAAGCCGAUGUCUCCCAAAGCGACAUAUCAAACCCACCAGGGAAUCAGCAACCAAGUCAAAGUUGUGUGUGCUCAUAUUGUUUUGUGCUUGCUUCUCAUCCAGCAAAAACUUGAAUGGCGUCUGGUGGCAGACUGGAACGUGUGUUUGUGUUUGCGUGCGUGCGUUGAUGGUGGUCUAUGUCCUGUUGUUUAGCCCUUUAUUCAAUUUUUUUUUUUUUUUGUUAUUUCAAUGAGGAAAACAAAAUAGAACGGUUGAAAGUUUUAAAGAAGUGUGUGUUUUCCACUUAGGAUGGAUUUGUUGUACUUUUUGGCACAAGAUGACACUGCUUUUUCAUGUGAUGUUUAACUGAAAGAAAGAAAAAAUAUAAAAACGUGUUUUUUUCCUCCCAAAAUGCCUAAAUCUGCAAACUAUAUGCAAAGAUGUAAAUGUAACAUUGAAUCCUCAAGUAUAAUCCAGGUUGUAUGGACUUUGUACCGUGACUUUUAAUAUCGUAUGGUCGUACCAAUCUGUAUUGAUCUUUUAUCAGAAGCCUUAUAGAGUUUUGUCCACCCAAAGUGUACCCUUAGACUUUACCCUACCUGAAUUUAACAAAGCAUUAAUAUUUCUAUUUUAUUUGCUUUUUUAAUUAUUUUUUUGUACCCUUUUUGGAUAAAUUUAGAUUUGUACUGUAUAUUUGUACCUCUCUGUGAACUACUUUAGGGCUGUUUUGUUAUUUUGUAUUUUUAUUUGUGUUGUUUGUUUGCCUGUUUUCUUUUUAUGUACUUUUAAAGACACAAAGAUAUUGUAUUUUUAUUGUUACAGCUAACUUGGAGACGUUGCAGUAUCAUGUUAUGUCCACACAAUAUAAUAUAUAUAUAUAUAUAUACACACACACACACACACAUAUAUACAAAUAUAAACUAUUAUCAAAAUUG